AGCGAGACAGCUCCAGGCCUGAGACAGCUCCAGGCCUCACACAGAGAGACAGCUCCAGGCCUCACACAGAGAGACAGCUCCAGGCCUCACACAGAGAGACAGCUCCAGGCCUGAGACAGCGAGAGACAGCUCCAGGCCUCACACAGAGAGACAGCUCCAGGCCUGAGACAGCGAGAGACGGCUCCAGGCCUCAUACAGAGAGAGACGGCUCCAGGCCUCAUACAGAGAGAGACGGCUCCAGGCCUCAUACAGAGAGAGACGGCUCCAGGCCUCAUACAGAGAGAGACGGCUCCAGGCCUCAUACAGAGAGAGAGGGAGAGACAGACACCUUCAGGUCUGAGCGAAAGAGGCAGCCCAGGCCUUAGACAAGGAGAGAGCGCUCCAGGCCUGGGAUACAGACAAAGAGAGACCUCUAAGCAUUGCUGGGCCGGAGAGACGGCUCCACAGGCUGAGUGACACGGACUGGUCUUGCAGUGACUGCUCCAAAUCUACAGGCCUGAGAGAGACUGCUUUAUUCUGGCCUUAAACCGCUGCAUCUUCUUACAGACCUGGGAGACAGCGAGACACACCUCCAAGCCACAAAGAGACAGACAAAUGUAGAGGCCUUAGAGACAGCUUUACACGAUCUGUUACUGCCUCUGGAUUUACAGAGACGGCUAUAGACAGGCCAGAGAGUGUCUCCAUACACAGCUAUAGAGGGCCAGACCUGGCCAGCCAGCAUAUCAACACAAGACUCUGAAAGGGGAACAGCACACAGGUCAGGGGUGUAUAUUAGUCCUGAGCAGGUAACCGUAGAUCAUAUAUGCACAGAAAUAUAUUAAUACAGAGUAUUGAGUGACCGCAAAAUCUGUACAUGACUUUAGAGCAGCAAUAGACCGGUUUUGGAUCCCAACACACCCUGGAAAAAUAAAAAGAAUUCAACGUUUACAAGAAUAUGAAAACCGCCUAUGUGUACGCAUAGUGUCGGACAUACAGAUCCCAAGGAGACCUUGCCUGUAUUUUAUGGGGUGGUACAUAGCAGGGUCUUAGUGACAAUAUAGAAUUGCCUAUAGUGUUCAUGGACAUUGUAUAUAAACAUACGCACAGAUCUACACGUGUAAAUAUAGAAACACAGAGUUUCUAUCCUAAGAGACUUAAACCUGAAAGAUACAUCUGUAUCAACUAGGAUCCAGAAGAGGGACAGUUAAAGAAGACUGGGGGAAAGCCACAGUGACACCCAGUGAACUUGACAAGUGAGAUACAGACCUCAGAGGUGAAAAUCCUGGCAGCAAAGCCCUGAGUCUGCAGUAUCCUAAGGGUCUGUUCCAGCGGAUACCGUAUUCUAGGUGGUCUCUUCAUACUUAGAGGUGGCACACUUCCCUAGAAGGUACCUGAAGAAGAUUGAUUCAUGGCUGCAGAAACCCUAAACUUUGGGCCUGAAUGGCUCCGAGCACUAUCCAGUGGGGGUUCUAUCUCAUCCCCCCCUCCUUCACCUGCUAUGCCAAAGUAUAAACUUGCUGAGUAUCGCUAUGGGCGAGAGGAGAUGUUAGCACUUUAUAUAAAGGAGAUCAAGGUUCCAGAGGAGAUGCAAGAUAAGGAAUUUGCUGUGAUUUUAAAUGAGGAGCCCCUGCAGCCACUCGCCCUUCUCCCACUCACUGAAGAGGAGCAAAGAAACUUUUCCUUGUCUGUGAACAGUGUUCCAGUCCUGAGACUGAUGGGGAAGGGAGCAGCAGCCCCUCCUGGUGGUGUGGCGAGAGGCAGGGGCACUGCCCGUGGACGGGGCCGUGGUCGUGGUGAAGCUGCUAUUUACACAAGAGCAAUUGAGGAAGGAGAGCCUGGAUUUGGCCGUGGGAACCGAGAGAUUCACAGGAGCCAAAGCUGGGAUGACAGGGGAGAGAGGAGAUUUGAGAAGCCAAUUCGCAGAGAAGCAGUUCGUGUUGGAUUUGAAGAAACCUCAGGUCCAUCUCGGAAGGAAUUUGCCCGCUCAGACAGUGACAAUUGGCGGACACUGAGGGAUGGACAAGAGGAAGAUGAGGAUGGCAACUGGAGGCUGGCAGUAACUCGAAGGGAUGAGCGUUGGAGGUCCACUAGUCCUGGAGCUAGCACUGGAGAGAUGCCACGGUCAGCUGGUUGGAGGGAUCAUGCAGAACGUCGUAGAAAGUUUGAUUUUGAUAUUGGACGGGAAGAUAGCGGAUCCAAUCCUCGUGGGCGAGGAGAUGGCAAUCAUGAUGAUGAAAGGGAUGGCUUGCCUGAGUGGUGUAUGGAAGAUGAAGAUGAUGAAAUGGGGACCUUUGACUCUUCAGGGGCUUUUCUUUCAUUCAAGAAAUGUUCUAAAGAAACUAUUCUCGAGGAACAAGAGCUAGAGUUCCAAGGGGUGGAGGACGAGGAGGAAGAAAAAACAGGCGAUACUGCCGAACGGGCUCAUGAUAAUGGGAUCUCUCUUGCAGCUGAAGAUACCAGCCAUGAACCAAGCUCCAUAUCCCCUGAUCCUGCUAAUUCCCUCUGGACAACAGGCAUGUAUGCAGACAUGGAGGGGGAGAGGUGCCCUGAAAUCUCCUCCACAGAUGGGGAGGAUGGUGCUUUAGGGGAGCAACAGCAGGGCUCUGGAGAAGAAGGUGACCCUGGACAUUUUUCCUCUUCUCUUUCCCCUCUUUCCUCCCUUUCUUCUCUUCCACCACCCUCCUCUUCCCCCCCAGUCGCUGCUACUGAAUUCUCUGUGGGGGAUCCAGAGGAGGAUGAAGGCAUGAAGCAUCUACAGCAGGAAGCUGAGAAGCUUGUGGCCUCUCUACAGGACUCUUCCCUUGAGGAAGAUGGCUUCUCCUCUACCCGUUCUCACAGUGCUGCUGCCCUUCCCCUCUCCCAUGAGGCGGCCAUGAAAUGGUUUUACAAGGAUCCUCAGGGGGAGAUCCAGGGUCCGUUCAGUACCCAGGAGAUGGCAGAGUGGUGCCAAGCUGGAUACUUUACCAUGUCUCUCUUGGUAAAGCGAGGGUGUGACGAGGGUUUCCAGCCACUGGGGGAAGUAAUUAAAAUGUGGGGGAGAGUUCCAUUUGCCCCUGGCCCUUCCCCUCCUCCCCUGCUGGGAAAUAUAGAUCAGCAGUGUUUGAAAAAACAGCAGGAAUUAGCUCUGUAUCAGCAGCUGCAGCAUCAGUACCUGCUCCAACUCCUCAAUAAGCCACAGUACUCCCCCCAGCAGAAAUCUGGAGAGUUGACUCCUCAGCAGCAGCAACAGCUGACUUUGUUCCUGCAGCAGUUGAACCCUUCAAAAUCCAGAGGGCCUGAUGCCUCCUCACUCCUUCCUGCUAUGAACAGAUCUCUCUCUGUGCCAGACACUGGAUCCCUGUGGGAUCUGCAUACCUCAGCUACGCAGACAGCAGGUGGGGACUCUGCAAUAUGGGACCUGCCUGCUGCAUCUCAGGGGCCAAUAUUGGAACAGCUGCAACUGCAACAGAAGCUGCAGGAACGCAGAGAUGCAGAACUCAGGGCUAAGAGGGAAGAAGAGGAAAGGAAAAGGCGUGAAGAGAAAAGACGCCAGGAAGAACUGAAACGGCGAGACCAGGAAGAGGAGCUCUACAGACGCAAACAGUGCCGCCAACAGCAGGAACUGCUGCUUAAGCUUAUCCAGCAGAGUGGCCAGCCCUCGCCUCCACCACAUGGUUGGGGAUCGCACUCCAAAGGGCUGACAUUGAAAGCCAUGCUCGAGAUGCAAGAAAGAGAAGGACAACUUCUCAAGCAGAGAGGACAGUCAUCGAGGAAUGCGCAUGGAGGUCUUGGAAUGUCAGGAGCUGCCAUACUCCCUUCCCAGUGGGGCUCCGACUCUGGGUCUCUGUGGGGCAGCCUAGACAAGAGCCCAUGGGAGGACAGUUUAAAGAGCGGAGUGAGCACACGAGGGCUAAGAAACAGCCGAAGCAGCCCGUCACUCACUGAUGCGUACUCUGCUCGCCGUAAGAAGACCGAGGAGGAAGAGAAGCUUCUAAAACUCCUGCAGGGAAUUAAACCAUCAGAUGGCUUUACUCAGUGGUGCGAACAAAUGUUACACAUUCUCAAUACAUCCAACAAUCUGGACGUCCCCACGUUGGUGGCCUUCCUGAAGGAGUUGGAGUCACCCUAUGAUGUUCAUGAUUAUAUCCGCUCCUGUUUGGGAGAAACUCUUGAAGCCAAAGAAUUUGCAAAACAGUUCCUAGAACGAAGAGCAAAGUACAAAGCCAGCCAGAGACAGCAGGAAAGUACCUGGUUGACUCCAUCCAUGUUCCCAACAUCCCAAAAUCUGAAGCAAAGUGGAUUUGAUGCACAGAGCAACAAGAUGAAGAGGAGGAUUCAUAUGUUACACUCAGAUCCCAGCAUUUUGGAUUAUGGGUCUCCUGUUGCCCCUAAACAUGUCAAUCACACACCCAGCUCCAUAUCACCAGAUCCUGGGAAUACAGAGCUGUAUGCAGACAUGGAGGUUGAGAGAUGCACUGAAGUCUCCUUCAUAGAUGGAGAGGAUGGUCCUUUAGGACAGCAGCCGGGAUCUGGAGAAGAAGACGACUCUGCCGGCCAAGUUAUCCCUUCUUCUUCCAACUAUAUUUCCGACUAUCCACCUCCAGGUGCAACUGCUAGAUUCUCUGUGGGGGAUACAGAGGAGGAUGAAUACAUAGAGCAUCUUCAGCAGGAAGCUUCGAAGCUGGUGGCCUCUCUACAGGAUAGUUUAUCAGAAAAAGACUUUCUCCCCUCCAACAGUGCUGCUGCUCACCCCCUCUCCCAGGAGGGGGCCAUGAAAUGGUUUUAUAUGGAUACACAGGGCAAGAUCCAAGGUCCUUUCUGUACUGAGGAAAUGGCAGAGUGGUUUAAUGCCCAAUACUUUGACAAGUCCAUAUUGCUGAGGAGAGAAUGUGAUGAGGGUUUCCGACCUCUAGGGGACUUUAUCAAGAUAUGUGGAAGAGUUCCCUUUGCCCCCGGCCCUCUCAUUCCUCCACUGCUGAGAAAUACAGAUAAGAAACACUUGAUAAAACAGCGGCAAAUGGCAAAAUAUAUGCAGCUUCCAAGUGGAUACCUGUUCAAGCUCCUUCAAAGGUCACACAAUUCCUCAGAUGAAAUGCCAAAAGCCAAUAAUGACACCAAGUCCAUCUUUGCGACACAUGCCACGCUAUUUGAGGCUACUAAGCACCACGAGCAUUGCCCCUCCCUCUGCGUGAAGUGUCUGGGGAAGGGACAGCGGAUGGGAGGCGAGGGCUGACCAUUACCCCAACCAGGUCCAAAGAGGAGGCAUGCAGCCAGAGUUCGCUUCCCCCAAUCAAUCU